AUGGCCUCCCCUUUUCGGGGCAAGCCCUCUUCGCCCCGGGUGGACACCAUCCGCUACAAAGAGACGUCGACGGUUCGCGUGGAGACUUCGUCCCACCGCGUGGAGACAUCCUCCCGGCAGGUGCAAUCAUCUUUCCAACAAGUGGAGACUUCCCAACGCCGCAGUGAGGGAUCCAUCUUCUCCCCUUCUGGAAAACGGCUCCCUCAGGUCCUCGAGAUGUCCUCCCAGCACGUGGAAACAACCUCACAGCGCACAGAAACGUCAUCCCGCCAUUUCAAGGCCUCGUCCCUGAGGGUGGAGACUGCUGUGCACCGCAUGGAGAGCCCGCCCCGGCGGGACAAGCCGGCAGCCCGCCAGAACGUAAAAACAACCCGGUGAAUUGCUUCCCAAAGGCCACGACAGGGCCACGGGCCGUCAGCCAGGACAGAAAUGCCUCCAGUUUGCUGCCAGCCAGCAGCCCGGUGGACCAAUUAUCUCCGGUUUCGUGGAAACAGCCCGUAAAUCAAUAUAGGAAAUAACCAAGCUGCAUUUUGGGGACUCAGCCAACAUUUAUUGACCAUGCUUUACCCUGAGCCAUCUGCCUUUGACACACUGAACUGUUUUAGCUUGAAGCCAGCACAAAAAGCUUUGAGAUCCAUGCUACUGUAUACAUUGGGUUUACAAAGAGGCUCUGAGCAGGUGGUUUUAUCUUUGCCUGUAUGCACCUGCCCUGAGGGUCCCAAGCUGUCCCUGUCUUCACAUUCUCCGCCGUAAGAAGCGUGCACAGCGUGUUGAACAUCACAACACUGCCUUCACCAUUUACCUGCAAGCCUUCUCCUUCUCUGUUGAAUUAUUUCCUGGCCGCACAUUCCCAGGAGUGGAAUCAUCACGUGAAAAGGGGUGAGGAUUUUAAUAACUCUGGAACUAUAUUGUCCAACUUCUUCGCUAAAAGGCUGUGCUAAUGUACACAACCCCAGCAGUGUGUUUAGGCUGGUUUUACCACAGUCUCAACAGCGUGAGACAUUAUAAUUUCAUUAACAUUUGCUAAUUUAGUAGGUGUAAAAUGACACAGUAGGCUACUGUAAUCUACAUUUCUCUGAUUGCCUUGAGGACUCGUGUUGUAGAUGCUGCUGCCCCUUGCGGGCACCUCCUCCCUGCCCCUUGCGGGCACCACCUCCAGCUGUCAGCCUCCACCUCUGCCUCUCGCUGUGUUCUCUUUACUGUCCCCAAGUCUGUCGGCCUCAGCACUUCAGCUCCUGAGUCCUCUGCCUUCCUCUGGUCUCUAGCUGGGCAGGAGCACGGCCAUCUCUGAAGGUGGACAAGUACUGAUGAGCUUCCGGCUAGACCCAGACUCACGCCUUUGGCCUCGAAGGCCUCCGAGCUUCUGAGCUCAGGACCCUUCCUUCUGCUAGGGCUCAGCCAGGGCUCUCCACCCUCAGGACAGCUCACCAGGCAGGACUCCAUGUCCUGGCAGUGGGGGAUGUGUGGUCUGACACAUGGGUCCAAAUGUGUGCAGCAGAGGCUCCCACAGCACGGAGAGCAGCUCCCUGCUUGCCUUCCUGCUCCGGCAGGUACCUUGGCUAAAGCAGCAGAGAGAGUUCACCUCUGGGGUGGGAAACCCACUGGCAGACAGGGACCGCCGGCACUCCAGAGCAGGGCGGGAAGGUUCUGGGGCAUUUUUCAGAGAGAAUUCAGAAAGGCAACUGGCUUCAGGGGAGCCAGAGCAAGGGCACACGUGAGCCUGUGAGCCUCAGGUUGGCCACUUGCUGACACGGACGCCAGACCUCCCUUGACCCUGCUUGGUGCUGAGGAGGGUGCGCCCAGUGCCUCCCUGUCUGCAGCCCUGCUCGGGCCCUGUGCUGGUCCCAGUGCACUAGAACCAGAGAGCCUUAAAAGCCAGAAGGGAAUUCAGACUUAAUUUCUACCCUCUUGUUUUAUUUAA